UCAUGGGUACUUUCAAUGACGUAGGACUGCCAUAUUUUUUCUAUAUGGGGCCUGCCAGGGGGUCAACCAAAUUGUUGGGGGUUUGGAGGUGGCCAUGCAAGAUGUUUUGUGAUAAUCAAAUGGUGCGCAUAAUAAACAAUUAAACCGAUACAAGAGCGGGGCGCGUCGUUUUGGCAGAUAUGCCUGAAUCGUUCGAACAAACGAUCCGGAUCGGCAAAGAAAAAGCCUUUCACUCAAAACAUCCUUCUUGCAUGUGAUAGGAAUUUUACGUCACAAAUUUGAUCGGAAUGAGAGUGUAGUGCCGCAACGAGGUUAUACCAUAAAAUUGGGACAAUGGGCUUUAACGUUUACCUAACUUCUGUCUCACGAUUAUUACGUUAAACGAGUACUGUAUAGUUUUUCCUAUGCGAUACCGAUAUCGUCUACGAUAGGAGUUGUCUUGGUGAUUUUGUUGAAUUCGUUGAUCGCGAAUGCGGUGCCCUACCCCAUUGCACUAUUUUUGUCUGUACGUUUUAUUUACACGUAUUUCUCUUGUUGCGUGUUUUCUUCGCCAAAUAUUUUGGCUAUCUUUAUAGCAGUUACGUAAUUUCCGACGUGUGUAAUUCCGGCACCAUGGCCGAUGAUGAAUUAAAUGAAACUCGAUUGUUUUACACCUAGUGGCGUGCAGACCAUAUAUACCACGCAAAGUUAAAGGGAAUUGAUUUUUGACAUUCUUCGCGUAAGGGUAAAAAAAUAUCGUUUAAAAACGUGCUGGUAAUUUGUUAAUGACAUGCUUGGCAAACGACUGCUGCACGGUUGUAAACAAUAUUAAUGUUUAAACAGUGAAAGUGAUUCAAUUUAGAUAUGUCUAUUGGAAAUUAUCUUCUUAAGGAUUCUCAUCACAUCAUAAUGUGGUGGUUUGAGAUAUUAUUGAAUAAUAUUAAGGAUAACAGAAGUAGUAUCCAAAGAGUUUGGUAAGGGACAGCCUUAUCAAAAAAGAGACAUGUCAGAUUCAUCGCAGCACCAAUACAAUCAACCUCCUCCUGAUAUUAUGCCAAAAGGACUUGCAAUCAAUGGCAUAGGAGGCAGGUUACGCCAGUUAGAAUCUCUUUUCAUCGAUGGUCCUGCACAAGGAGAAGGAAGAGUGGGCCAUACAUUUUCUAUCGAGACACUUAUUGACAUUUUACUUGUCUUGUACGAUGAAUGUUGCAAUUCUUCCUUACGGCGUGAGAAGACUGUUUCAGAUUUCAUUGAAUUUGUAAAACCUGUGGCAACUUGCAUAAAGAGUUUGCAAUUGGCACGUGAAGAUUUUGAGAUAGUAAAAGUUAUUGGCAGAGGUGCAUUUGGGGAAGUAUGUGUUGUAAGAAUGCGAGGUUCGGACAAAGUAUUUGCAAUGAAAAUUUUGAACAAGUGGGAGAUGCUAAAGCGUGCAGAAACUGCAUGCUUUAGAGAGGAACGAGAUGUACUGGUGUACGGUGAUCGAAGAUGGAUCACAAAUCUUCAUUAUGCCUUUCAAGAUGACAAUAAUUUGUAUUUGGUCAUGGAUUAUUACUGUGGUGGAGACUUGUUAACACUAUUGAGCAAAUUUGAAGAUCGCCUUCCUGAAGACAUGGCUCGUUUUUAUAUAGCUGAAAUGGUUCUGGCUAUUGUGUCCAUACAUGACUUACAUUAUGUACACCGCGAUAUUAAACCUGAUAAUGUUUUAUUAGAUGCAAAUGGUCACAUUAGAUUAGCAGAUUUUGGAUCUUGUUUACGAUUGUUUGAAGAUGGAACUGUACAAAGUAAUGUUGCUGUUGGUACACCAGACUAUAUUUCACCAGAAAUAUUAAGGGCAAUGGAAGAUGGACAAGGACUGUAUGGGCCUGAAUGUGAUUGGUGGUCUUUAGGAGUAUGUAUGUAUGAAAUGUUGUAUGGAGAAACACCUUUUUACGCAGAAUCUUUACUCGAAACUUACGGGAAAAUUAUGAACCACAAGAAUUGCUUUGACUUCCCAACAGAUGAUAUGUAUGAUGUUUCUGAAGAAGCUAAGGAUUUAAUGAGAAAAUUAAUAUGUAGCUCAGAAUUUAGAUUAGGUCAAAAUGGAAUUGAUGAUUUUAAGAAACACCCAUGGUUUGAAGGAGUAAACUGGGAAACUCUUAGAGACAGUACUGCACCUUACAUUCCUGAAGUUUCCUCGCCAACUGAUACGUCAAACUUUGACGUUGACGAUACAGAUGUUCGCAAUUCUGAUGCUGUUCCACCAGCAGCAAAUUCCGCGUUUUCUGCACUUCACUUACCGUUCGUUGGUUUUAGUUUUACUCAAGGCAGUUGCAUAUCGGAUCUGGGUUGUUUAUCCGCCGUUGCUCAGAAGGAUAAGCGUGUGCAGUUGCUCGAGAAAGAAAAUGCACAAUUAACGCAAACUUUGGAGGAGUUAAAAAAACAAAUUAGCAUGAGUCAUUCUCCUCCUGGAAUAUCACCAGAUUCUAAUAACGCAACGAGGAAACUUCAAGAUGAAAUAAAUACACUUACCAAACGUAAUUGUGAGCUAGAAUCACAAUUAAAGUCUAUGGAAGUUCCACGUGAAUUACGCAGCUUAGAUAAUGGUGAUAUGACCAAAUUACGGGAAUUAGAAAAACUAGUACGAUUGCUUCGAGCAGAAAAGGAAGAAGCUGUUAAAGAUAAGUUAGAUGCACAAGAAAAACUUAAACUUCAAGACAAGGAACUGAAAGAUGCUUUGACUCAGCGUAAACUUGCGAUGGCAGAAUAUACUGAAGUUACGGAUAAAUUGUCAGAAUUGAGACAACAAAAACAAAAAUUGUCUAGACAAGUUAGAGAUAAAGAAGAAGAAUUAGAGGUUGUAAUGCAGAAGGUUGAUAGUUUGCGGCAUGAUAUUCGGAAAGCCGAGAAAUUACGUAGGGAACUCGAGAACAGAGUAGAGGAAGCAAUGGCUGAAACAAGUAAAGAAAGAAAAUUACGAGAGCGUAGUGAAGAAUAUUGCAAACAAAUGCAAGAGGAAACGGAAAAGAUUAGACAGAGAUCUAUGGGAAAUGAUGCAAGCGCAAAUCAUGCGUUAGCAACGCAAGAAAUUAACAGAUUAAAAGCGGAAGUAGAAAAGCUCGAAGUUCAAUACAAUGAAAAUUUGAAUCAGCAACAAAGUAGGUUCAACCUCGAAAUUCGUAGCCUUCAGGAACAACUGCACGAAACCGAAACGAGACGAGAUUUGUUAGAAAGAGAAGUUCAAUUAACGAAGGAAAAACUAGAUGCUGCGAGAUUGGAAAAUAUUACCGAUAGCGAAGAGACUAUCAACGAAUUAAGUAGACGUCACGAGAGGGAAAAAAUUAUGCUAGUCGAAGAGAAUAAAAAACUUAUGUUAGAACUUAGUACUCUUACCGAUAGUGUUAACCGAAUACAAGGGGAGAGACGUCAAUUAGAAGAAGAAUACGAAGAGUUGAGAAACAAGAAGGAAGCUAUUGCACAGUGGGAAGCGCAGAUCACAGAAAUUAUUCAAUGGGUAUCUGAUGAGAAAGAUGCAAGAGGGUAUUUGCAGGCAUUAGCCACGAAAAUGACUGAAGAAUUAGAGUUUUUAAAGCACUCUGGAGGUGUAGGAGGUGUAGGAAGUGGUUCUACAAUGGCGGAUAAGAACUGGAGGAAUCGCAGAUCACAGAAACUUGAUAAAAUGGAGCUUCUGAAUUUACAAAGUUCUUUGCAAAGUGAAAUUCAAGCUAAGCAAGCGAUAUCUGAAGAACUUACGAAGACGCGUUCAGAUCUGAUAGCUGCUCAAAAGGAAUUAAGAGACUUUAGACAGCGGUUCGAUGCACUUACGCACGAGAUAAAACGCAAAGAACUGCAAAUAAAAGAGUUGCAAGCAAGGCUUGACACAGGCGAUGGCUUUCUAGAACGUCCUACAUCUCAAAUGUCAUAUUUGGAACAUUUUUUGAAAGAAACUGCAAGCAGCACCCGUCACGGAAGCGCAGAUAGCGUUGAAGCCGAUAUUGAAGAUAACAGAGCACCAAGUAUUUCUAGCAGUAAAAGCAAUUUAUCUGAACUGAGCAUUGAUCCAACGUCACCGUUAUCCCAUGAACUUUUGAAUAAGUCAUCUACAUCACAUGGACAGCCCACUCUUCAACCAAAACCAAAAUCUCACCAGUUUUUAGUAAGAACAUUUUCAGCUCCAACAAAGUGCAAUCAUUGCACUUCAUUGAUGGUGGGUUUAACAAGGCAAGGAGUAGUGUGCGAAGUUUGCGGUUUCGCAUGUCAUAUGCCUUGCUGUGAUAAGGUUCCACCAAUGUGUCCUGUACCACAUGAUCAAACAAAACGACCUUUGGGUAUUGAUCCAACAAGAGGAAUAGGUACAGCUUACGAAGGGUAUGUCAAAGUGCCAAAAAUGGGAGGAGUAAAAAAGGGUUGGGUCCGUCAAUUUGUGGUUGUCUGCGACUUCAAGUUAUUUCUUUACGACAUUUCGCCAGAUCGUAAUGCAUUACCCUCUGUGUAUGUGUCUCAAGUCUUAGACAUGCGAGAUGAAGAAUUUAGCGUUAGUUCUGUUCGAGAUUCGGAUGUCAUACAUGCCACGAAAAAAGACAUUCCGUGCAUAUUUAGGAUAACAACGUCUUUGCUAGAACCGCCUGGUUUAAGGAAUCACACGUUGAUGCUUGCAGACACUGAAAGUGAGAAAGCAAAAUGGGUAGUUGCUUUGAGUGAACUGCAUAGAAUACUAAAGAAAAAUAAUCUUCCUAAUACAACGAUUUUUAGAGCGAAAGAAUUAUUAGAUAAUACAUUGGCGCUUAUUAAAAAUGUGAUGUCAGGAGCAAUUAUUGAUCCAGAUCGUCUAGUCAUUGGUACAGAAGAAGGCCUCUUCUGUUUAGAUUUAGAUCGUAGUGAGAUUGCAAGAGUCGGAGAAGGAAAGAAGAUAUACUUAUUGGAAUAUGUAACAGAAGAACAAUUAAUUGUAGUUUUAAGUGGAAAACAACGUCAUGUACGGCUGGUUCCAGUACGUGCAUUAGAUGGGGACGAAGUUGAAUGGAUUAAAGUUGCAGAGACUAAAGGAUGCAUUACUUUAACGACAGGAGUAGUACGCCGUAGUCCAUUAACUUAUUGUUUGUGUGUUGCCAUCAAAAAACAGAAUACAUCACAAGUGAUCAUCUAUGAAAUUACGCGUACCAAAACACGUCACAAACGUAUACGUGAAUUGAUGUUAUCAUGUCACGCACAAACUUUGCAAAUUCUCUCUGAGGGUCGAUUCUGUGUCGGUUAUCCUUCUGGCUUUUCUAUCUACAGCAUUUUAGGAGACCAUCACCCUAUUCCAUUGGUCCAUUCUGAGAAUACGCUCUUAGGCUUUCUCACGUACAGCCCUGUGGAUGCUUUACGUUGUAUCGAAUUACCUCGUGGUGAAUUCUUAUUAGUCUUCCAUACAUUGGCAGUUUAUGUCGAUAGCCAAGGCAGGAAAAGCAGAGAUCGAGAAAUUAUGUAUCCUGCUGUUCCUACAGCAGUUAGUUAUUGUGAGGGAUACUUGCUAGUUUAUAGUGAAACUCACAUUGACGUGUUUGAUUGUACAACUGGAGAUUGGUUACAAACGCUUAAUGUUAAACGAGCAAGACCAUUGAAUACUUCAGGCUCUCUAACAUCUUGUAUUAUCAAUGACAUGCCACAUGUUAUUUUUCUGAGCAAUUUACAUCAACGAGAACUACUCAAUUUAACACCAUUAGAUGCUAGCGGUAGACAAAUGACUAGACCACGGAGAAGAUUUUCAUUACGGGAAGGAAAUAGAGCUGUUCGUCCUACCGACAGACGUUCAAAAAUGAUAUCUGCUCCCACGAAUUUCAACCAUAUCAGUCACAUGGGUCCAGGUAAUGGAAUACAGAUUCAACGGCUGCUAGAUUUGCCUACCACUCUUGAAACCGCUGAUCAACAACAUAGUGGUCAUCACAGUAGUUCUCACCUUCAUAGCAGUCAGCAAAGAUUAUAUGGUCCAGCACUCCAAGCGCCAAGUAAACCAGCACCACUGCCGCCAAGGCAUCCUCCUUCUGAUACACGACGUCUUAGUUCUCAUAUAUCUAGAAAUUCAGGAUACUCGCCGCAUAAUGGUUCGACAUCAUCACGCAGAGGACCGGCACCCCAACGACCAACUGCUACUCCGCCUUCGUUACCACGUACUCCUGUGGACCAAGUUGAUUCGGAGUCUGUGCAUCUACGAUCGCAUACUCCACUUUCUCUUGGUAGCAUUGCAUCUUUACAUGACAAGGAACAUACUUCUGGUGGAAGUCCUAGACAUUCAAUAGCUUCAAACAACAGUUCAAAUCCAUCGACGCCACCAAGUCCCGCUCACGAUCAUGGUUCAUCUUCGUAUGACUCAUAAGAAUUUAUUUAACGCUUCUCAUAAUAUUAGUAAGUUACUGUAAUUAUGUGCACUACCUAAUUAGUAGGGUUACAGUAUCUAUGAUAUUGUCUUUACACACAACAAUACUUGUGUUUGAUUUUUCAACUGGAAAGUUAUCAAUUUCUUCCGUUUGUCCUUUUUUCUGUUUUGUGCAAUAUAUUUUCCUGAUAUUGUGCAUUAUGUUAACCAUAUUAAAAACAUAACAACAAGCAUAAUAUUUGUAUAUGCAAUUGAAUUGAGAAGUUGCACACAAAUAGUUAGUUCGAUACAAAGAUCUAAUAAAUGCGUUAAGAUCAAUGUUAACACCACAUUGUAAUAACUUUCUGGUUUUAAAGGAUUUAUACAUAAUAAGUUAUAUAACUAACAAGGCAAUUUAUAGUUAAUGUAACGUUAAAUUAUUGUAAAUAAUUUGUGUUUGGAAAUCAUCGAGUCAGCUUUAACGAUGCCAUAUAAUAUCGAAAGCAGGUGUCGUUUUCUUUUCUGAGUUUUUAAUAAGACCUUGCAUAAUUUUAAUUUUUAAUUACGACGACUAACCGUUUUUAAGUUAACAAAAUCGAAAUCUCAGUCAAAUUAUCUAGCAAUAAAAGAAGAUUAACCUAAUUAAUCUAUUGUACCUACUUUUGAAUCUAGGUAUAAACGAAUAGUUUCAAGUAAAAUAUAUACUUAAUCAUUCUUAACGACAAACAAAUUCGAAGGAAGUGAAUCGAUCUGAUGCCUUAUGACUAAACAUUUUUUUAUUGCGUCAUAAUGCAGUAAGGUGCAUCAUAUUAUUCAGCGUGUGAAUAGUAGGAAUAAUCGUGCAAUGUACUGGAAGCUCCCACUGAUAAUAAGUAGUUACUAAGCAAGGUGGCUUAUAUACUUUUAUGCAACGUAUAAGUAUUAUAUUUUCGAUGACAAAGUAACGAUGUUAAAUAUUGAUUUAUCCUUACUGCAACGAAAAACUUUUUCAUCCUAAAAUCGUGCUUUUUUUUUAUCGUUAAGGUGACAUCCAUUUUAAAAGGAGCGUAUAUGUUGAAAACCUGACGAUCGAAUAUGAAGGAUGUGCGGGUAAUCCAGAUUAGGUGAUAUAAGAAUUGAAUUCAUAAAUACAGUACCUUCUCCCAUAUAAAUGUUUAAACUUUCCGGUACCUGAAUUUGAUUUUGGAUUACGUUUGAAUUAUCGUUCAUUGAAUUUUACCUAAUAUUACAAAUUUAGAAUCUUUUUACGUUACCAGCUAUCUAACCUCUUCUGAUCUCGCUUCGAUCUUAUCGAACUUGAUCCCAAGUACCGGAUGACCCGCACAUUCCUUCGGAAUAUAUUUAUAAGUGCAAUGCAUAAUGACUGAGAAUAAUAUCCAAAACGGAACAAAGGCUAUAAAGUAUGAAUUUUAUUUUCCUUCUUUUUCAAAAAUGAUUUUUAAGUUCGUAUUAACAUUUGUCUAACAGCUUCAAGACACGUUGUGCGAUACUAUGACGUUUUUAAUACUUUUAUAUUAACAAAUGCAGGAAAUCGUACGUUGUUUUGAAAUUACAGAAAAAGACAUACCUAAUAGUUAAUCGGUUGUAUUCACUUUUUUAUAGAUAUAAGAUUAGGAGGAAACAAAUGAAAUUACGCUAAAGAUGGAAACAUGAUAACAAGUUUUAUAUGUUGUAAUGUAUAGAAUAUAUACAUUUUCCAUGUACAUUUAUAUAAAUUUGCUAAUUAUACUAGAACAAAAAAGAAACGAGUUGGUAGAACAAAAUAACUGUCUCAGGAUUCUAUGCCAGUAGUUAAAGUAUAAAAUAACAUUUAACGGUUAAGAAUCCCGAGGUGCUUGAUAAUUAUAACAAGAAAAUUAUGAAGAUCGAGAACAUCUUCUUUAUCUUCGAGACCUUAAAAUAUGUCAUAUGGUAAAACAAGAAGCCAAUAACUACGAUAUCGACCCAACUUUUCUGUACACGAAAAACGAACUGCAUGUAAAGAAUCAUUUUGAAUAUAAUAUUGCAUUUAAACUUUCAUAUAUUUAUAAUGAAUUUUAACGGGAGGAAAAAAAGUUUAAAAAAAUCUCAAGAAGUUUAUGGAAUAUUGUUACGGUGAAAUAUCUAUACGCUACAUUCCGUACAAUUCUUUUUUAUUUUCAUAAAAACGAUCUAAAUUCCAAUUCUUUGAAACAUCAUCGUUGAUAGACAUCAAGGUUAAUAAUACAACUAUAACGUGCGUAUAAUACCAAAAAAUUUCAGAAUUGAAAUAUCUCCAUCACAUUUGUGUAACAAUAACGACCUGAACAUAUAUUAUAAAUAAAAUAUAUAUCGACUACAAUAGGUUUGACAUUCUUAUAUUAAAAAAAAAUAUAGAAGAAACCGUUAAUAGAAGAAAAGUGUUAAUGUUAUCGAACGAAGAAUGUAUUAGCACAGGUAUUGGUGUCCGUACCGGAAUAAAAUAAAGUUUAAAAACGAGUUCUAGAAUUAUUCUAGACAUGUAAUCAAGAUAUGUUUAUAAAUUAUAUAAUAAUGUACGUAUUAUUGUACUUACCAACGGAAUUCAAUCAUUUGUCUUAUCUUUUGCCAUUGUUACUUAAGGGUUCUAAAAUCAAAGGCACAUCUGUUUGUCUUCUGUUGCAGUGUAAUCGAAUCGAAUUUCUACAGGGUGUUGCAAAAAUAGUGUACACGAAAUGUAUUAAUUUACCCGAGUUCCGACACAAUAAUUCGAAAUAUUUUAACGUGUUUUCACUUUUAAUUUUGGUCCUAACAAUUAUAGGACCGGUACGCGUAAAAGAUCGCGCCAAUUCUUACUGCGUAAUUUGCAAACUAAAGCGCGCCAAAAUUCAAAUUUCAAUUGUUAGUACAUCAUUUUUGAGACACCUUGUAAAUCGAUAGACAUACGAAGAAAUAGUCAUUUUGUAUAGCAUUGAUUUUAUAUUCUGUAAAUAAUUCAAUUUCUAAAUAAGCUCGCAGUUUUGAUUUGAUUUUAGACCCUUUAAAUCUCUUUCCUUUAUUCAUUUUGUUUCCUUUCUUUUGGUGUGCACAUACGACGGUGAAAGAUAAAAUAUGUAUUCUGAUAACAUGUAAAAACUACGCUAUAAUUAUAUUUUCAUUUUACAUAUAAUCAAAAUGUACGACCGGCAUUCUGCACCAGAAUAGAAAAAUAUGUAUGCAUAUAUAUAGAUUGUACGAUUCGAUAGUUUACUUUUUUUACGAAUUGUUAGAGUACUUUCUGUAAUGAUUAAUAAUGAUUUAUGUAUCCCAUUGGUUCAAUACCAGUGCAUGUAAUGACCUGACUAUUAAUCCUCUUUCUUUUUUAGCAAUUUAGUUUAGUGUAUUCUAUAUUAUGAACUUAUUUAUAUAACUAAUAUGUGCAUUAUUUACAAUAUUUAUUAAAAGCAACUGCAAGCAACUUAUUUGUAUUUUGAAUAACGAACGUAAUGUAUUUUUGUUGUAAAUUAUAGAAAACACGUGGUAUUAUGGAGAAAGAAAAACCAAAUUUUUAUGUUUAUAAGAUUUCCUCGUAAAUAUCUUUUCUGUACAUUUUAUAGUAUUUAUAAUCUUCGUUUUAUACUUUGUUUGGCAAAAACGUCCGUGAAAGAAGGAAGAAUGUAUGCUUUUUUUUAAAUUCAUUGUCACUUGAAUUAUUAAAAAAAAUAAUUUAUUUUCUCGAGUAAAGGAAGUGUAUUAAUAAAUUGAAAGGCUUGUACGUACAUUUCUUGAUUUUAUAUGUAAGUAUAACAUGCUUAUUAAUUACAAGUAUUUUGUACUAAUGAUUAAAGUUUGAAUAAAUUAUGUUAAACAAUUUAAAUGAACAAAAUUGAAUAUCUGAUACAAUAUUUCAUAUGUAUAGAAUAUAUUUAGUUUUAGAUCUGAUUACAAUAAAACCAGGGAAUACUUAAUUGAUCGUUUAUUGUUUAAAAUAAAACAGGAAGAAGAUAAAAACCUUAGCGAAAAUGAAAAAUUAAAUACCAU